CUAUUUGGCAGCUUAUUUUAUAUCUAUUUACCGAAUGGACUAUAAAAUUACAUAUAAAUGAAUUGUACGUAUAUGAAAUAAAAAGGUCUAGGGCCGUCACUACCGUGACGUGGCGAGCCUUGAUAUGUGAGGCACACUGUAGCGGAAGCGCCAUCCGCCAGUACAAAUUAAGCCGCCGGCAGCUAGCCAGUGUCCGCGGCUGCCACGGCACCGCACCACACGCAGAGCGGCAGAGGCACACCAGCAGCGCAACCGGCCGCGCGUGAUCGAUGGGCAAGUGCGUGAGGAUCCGCGGCAGCAGCAAGCCGCGCGCCGCCGCCGCCGCGGCGGCGUCGUGCCUCACGCUGUGCAGCGGGCGCCGCGUGCCGCCGUCGGAGGCGUCGGCGGCGUGCAGCCCGAGGACGAGAAGCAGGCCGCGGCGCCACCGCGGGGCAGGCCUCCGGCGGUGGUGCGGCGCCAAGGAGAGCGCGUACGGCGGCAGCCCCCGGCGCCACAGGGGCGAGGGCGAGGCCGACGCGCGGAGCCCCCGUGGCCGGGUGCUCGGUGUCGGUGCCCGCCAGCAGCAGCUCUGCGCCGACGACGGGCUCGGCCAGCAGCACGAGGAGGAGGCGUCUGCGACGAUGGCCGGCGACUGCGACGACGGCGCGGGCGUGGCGAAAGUGAAUAAGGCGAAUAAACACGAGAACGACGAGUGCGGCUGCCGCGUCGUCGGCGGCGUCGCCAGCCAGACGCCGUCGCCGUCGCCGUCGCCGCCACCGCCGCCGACGGAAACCGAGAUAGAGGCCUUCUUCGCGGACGCGGAGCUGGCCGAGCGCCGGCGAUUCGCAGAGGCGUAAGCACCACGUGAAUUCGAUUAUUCCACCGCCCCACGCGCGCAGUUGGGUUGGCGUGGUGGCUAGCUGAUGACUCCAAGCUAAGCUCCGCACACCCUCGCUCUGCAGGUACAAUUACGACGUCGCCCUCGACCGCCCGCUGGAGGGGCGCUUCGAGUGGGUGCCGCUGCCGCUGACGGGGGGUCGGAGGUGGUAAACCCGUCACAGUCCGUUCGUUAACCUCAAGGUCAAGCAGCUAGCAAUGCUCUCCUCCGACCACCCUCAGCUGGCAAACUUCAAACUGGAGUCAUCACUCAUCAGUAGUGCUGAUUAUUAUCCUCCCCUGAUGUCGUACGUUAUUUUUUUGUAGACUGUCACUCAUCCAUCACUACCCCUUAAUUAGAUUUAUUAUUAGCGUAUAUGCAGCUGAUGGUGCAUGCACGUACUCUGUGAUCUGUCCGUGACAAAUUAAACCACAUGCAUAGUUUAGUACUCCAUAGUAUGCAUGUGUGUGUAGUAACUGUGUAUAGGAUGAUCCAUUGGAGGACGCUUUCUGAUGAGCUCCCCAUGCUGCUAGAGCUGUGCUUAUCGACCAGUUCUGCCACGCGUGAUCUUUCGUUCUCCUC